AUGAGUGAAGUAGGUGUUAAUAACUUAUUUGAGUCGCAAACAAUAAUUGCAGACCACAAGGAUCUUAUACAUGAUGUUGCUUACGAUUUUUAUGGCGAAAGAAUGGCAACUUGCUCCAGCGAUCAGUAUGUAAAAGUAUGGGAUUCCGAUGGUCAAGGUGGCUGGCGACUUACUGCAAGCUGGAAGGCUCAUCAUGGGUCUGUAUGGAAAGUAACGUGGGCUCACCCUGAAUUUGGACAAGUACUUGCUACAUGCUCAUUUGAUAGAACUGCUGCAAUAUGGGAGGAAGUUGGGGACAUCACAGCAUCUGGAUCAGAAAAAGGUCUGCGAACUUGGGUCAAACGGUCAAACCUAGUAGAUUCAAGGACAUCCGUCACAGAUCUCAAAUUUGGACCAAAGCAUUUGGGUUUAUUGUUAGUCACAUGCUCAGCGGAUGGUAUUAUUAGGAUAUACGAAGCACCAGAUGUAAUGAAUUUGGCACAAUGGACCCUACAGCAUGAAAUACCAACCAAGGUUUCUAUUAGUUGUCUGUCCUGGAAUCCAUCUUUAUCAAGGGUUAACUCAAACCCACCCAUGCUGGCUGUGGGCAGUGAUGAACCAAAUGUUGUCAAUACCAAUUUGCAAAAUGACAAAAAUUGCAAUGGAAAAGUUUUUAUUUAUGAAUAUAGCGAAGCGUGUCGCCGCUGGACCCGAACAGAGUGUUUAUCGUCUGUGGUGGAGCCAGUCAACGACCUCAUGUUUGCUCCGAAUCUUGGACGAUCAUUCCACAUAUUAGCUGUUGCGACUAAAGAUGUUCGCAUCAUUAAGAUUGAACCACUACCGGAAUCAUCAAGUAAUGGCAACGGGUGCGGUGUUCGAUUCCGGAGUGAAGUACUCGCCGCGUUCGAGGACCACAACUCGUGCGUGUGGCGCGUCUCGUGGAACGUGACCGGCACCCUCUUGGCCUCUUCCGGCGAUGACUGCUGCGUUAGGCUUUGGAAAAUGCAAUAUUUGAACCAAUGGCGUUGCUGCGCUGUGUUUAAGAGCGAAGCGGGCGGCGGGGAGUCACCUGCGCGCGCGCGCCCCAGAACCACUUACACGCGUCUGGCAGCCAUCACCAAUCCCACGCAUAUGCCGCACCAUUGA